AUGGAUGAGCAGGUGUUCAAGGGGGACCCGGACACUCCUCACUCCAUCUCCUUCUCGGGCAGCGGAUUCCUCUCCUUCUACCAGGCCGGGGCGGUGGACGCCCUGCGGGACCUGGCGCCCCGCAUGCUGGAAACGGCCCACCGCUUCGCAGGGACCUCUGCGGGGGCGGUGAUCGCGGCCCUGGCCGUCUGCGGGAUUGAAAUGGAUGAAUACCUCCGAGUCCUCAAUGUGGGGGUGGCCGAAGUGAGGAAAUCCUUCCUGGGGCCCUUUGCCCCCUCCUGCAAGAUGGUGCAGAUGAUGAGGCGGUUCCUGUACCAGACCCUGCCUGAGGACUCCUACAAGAUCGCCACCGGGAAGCUCCAUGUGAGCCUCACCCGCUUAACAGACGGAGAGAGCGUGGUGGUGUCGGAGUACACGUCCAAGGAGGAGCUCAUCGAGGCCCUGUACUGCAGCUGCUUCGUCCCCGUGUACUGCGGCUUCAUUCCUCCAACGUAUCGUGGUGUGAGGUACAUUGACGGGGGCUUCACAAACAUGCAGCCCUGCUCCUUCUGGACUGACUCCAUCACCAUCUCCACCUUCAGCGGACAGCAGGACAUCUGCCCCCGCGACUGCCCUGCCAUCUUCAACGACUUCCGCAUGUUCAACUACUCCUUCCAGUUCUCACUGGAGAACAUCACCAGGAUGACUCACGCUCUGUUCCCCCCGGACCUGGUGAGCCUGCACGAUUACUACUACCGGGGCUACGAGGAUGCAGUGUCGUACCUGCGGCGGCUGAAUGCUGCUUACCUUAAUUCGCCCUCCAAGAGAGUGAUUUUCCCCCGGGUAGAGGUUUACUGCCAGAUAGAACUCGCCCUUGGCAACGAGUGCCCGGAGCGCGGCCCGCCAUGCCUCCAGACACAGCCAGCACGUCCAGAAGAACCCCCACAACUUCACACGCAGACAGCUCCCACAGGGGAUGGCAGAGGUGGCCAUGGCCCACCCGUGUCCCCCGCUGUGCGGGCGCCCGAAUCCACAUGUGAGCGACCUGUGGAGCCCCCCGGGUCUUCCUCCGAGCAGUCACCUGCAUUGCCUCUGGUCUCAUCGCCGCCACACUGCCUGACUGACUUGCCACCUGGAUCACUCCCAGCUGAGCGCUUGCCACCCAGUCCAGCGUCCUGCUUAUCACUGCCCAGCGCACCGCCCAGGCUGUCUCCUGGGUCACCUCGACAGCAGGUACAACCAUCGGGAUCGUCACCCAGGUCCACACCCUCCCAAGCGUCCACAGCACCCAGACCCUCCCUGCGGCCUUCUGCUGCAGGAGCACCCAGCACAUCGCCCCAAGGUUCUCCUUCAGCAACACCUACACAGCCACCUGGGCAGGAACUGGGCCCAGGACAGUCCCAAGCUGCCCUGGUCUCUUCAAAUCCAAAAGGCACCACCCCUCUGGUUAAUGUGAAGAAAACCAUCAGCAGGUCGUAUGUGACGGAGAGCCCACCUGAAGACUCACACUGGGUGAAUAAGGUAUUCAAGAAGAACAAACAAAAGACAAGUGGCACCAGAAAAGGCUUCUCCGGACAUCCCCGAUCCAAACAACCCAGCAGCAAACUACAGUGA